AUGCCCGGAGUUAUCGACAAAACCAAGGAGGCUGUCUCGAAUGCCGCUGAAGCUGUGAAAGACAAAUUCAAUGAUAUGACUGGAAACACGCACGAGGAGCGAGCUCGCGACAACGCUCAAUCAGCCUGGGAUCAAACGAAGGACAAGGCUCAAAACAAGACAGAACAAGCAAAGGAUUGGGCUAGUGACAAGAUGCAUCAAGCUGGCCGAAAAAUCGAUGAACAC